UUGAAUCAGUUUCGAACGCACGUCCACCCGGUCUCCUUGUGUUCGCGGCAUUAUUUUGACGUUUAGUGACAGUGUUCGAUUUUUUAAAUUUAAAAUAUAUUUUUUUUUAUUUGUGCUGUGAAAUAUUGCAGGUGAGUUUCUGGCUUGUAUUCAUUUGAAAUUGGAACGAUUUUGUUUUAAUUUGCAUAUUUGAUAGUGUUUUGUUUUUGUUGCUGUAAAAAUAUUGAAAUUACCCGCUUAAUAGACAUGCAGACGGACAUUCAGUCGAGCAAUACUAAGGAAGGUGGCGAUAUAACCUAUAAGGAUAUGGUGGAAGAGACUUCGGUGAUGGAGGAGUCACAAAUACAGAAGUUUUUCUCUGGGACCACUGUUCUUGCGACUGGUGGUACUGGUUUCUUAGGGAAACUGUUGGUUGAGAAGUUGUUGAGAUCGUGUCCGGAUAUAAAGAAACUGUUUCUACUGGCGAGGCCUAAAAAAAACAAGGAUAUUGUGAAAAGGCUACAGGAACAAUUCGACGAUGUGCUGUACGAUAAAUUGAGGAAGGAACAUCCAGACUUCCUUCAGAAGAUAGCAAUUUUGGAAGGUGACGUUGGACAAAUUGGUCUUGGUCUCAGAGACGAAGACAGGACUAAAGUUAUCAAUGAGGUGGAAGUUAUCUUCCACGGCGCGGCUACGGUCAGGUUCGACGAGCCCCUGAAGACAGCUGUGGCGAUCAACGUCAGAGGCACCAGGGAGAUGUUCCUGCUGGCCAGAAACUGCAUUAAACUGAAGGCUUUAGUGCACAUCUCUACUGCUUACAGCAACUGCCUCCAAUCACAAAUCGAAGAGAGGUUUUAUGAAUGCCCCCUGCCGGGAGACAGCCUCAUAGACCUGGUGGAGACCAUGGAUGACAAGAUCAUAAACAACAUUACUCCUGGCCUACUCGGCGACUGUCCCAACACGUAUACAUACACGAAAGCGGCAGCUGAGGACAUCGUGCUGAAGCAUUCUAAAGGACUGCCCGUCGCUCUCUUUCGGCCUGCAAUUGUUAUUGGAACAGCAAAGGAGCCUGUGUCAGGAUGGAUCGAUAAUGUCUACGGACCUACUGGAGUGGUAGUCGGUGCGGCAGUUGGUCUGCUUCACGUACUAAACUGUGACCCUAAAGCAGUAGCGGAUCUAGUCCCAGGGGACAUGGUGGUCAACGCUUGUAUAGCGACUGCGUGGAAGACGGCGAGGGAGUACCCUGGGAACCAUGAGGACGCUCCACCUCCUGAGUUGGUGCCGCCAGUUUACAAUUACGUAUCUUCGGAACAGAAGCCUUUAACAUGGGAGAAAUUCAUGAAAUACAACGAAUACUACGGUCUGGACGUGCCUCCGAUACAGGCGGUGUACUACUACUUGCUUCACAUCACGCCGUCCCGCUUCCUCUAUCACCUGUCCUGCUUCUUCCUGCACUGGAUCCCGGCAUAUAUUGUCGAUGGUAUUGCUGUGUUAAUCGGGAAGAAACCCAUGCUAAGAAAAGCGUACACGAAAAUCUCAAAGUUCUCCGACGUCGUGUCCUACUUCGCCGUGCGCCAAUGGAAAUUCGAGAAUAUGAACACCCAAAACUUGUUCACAGAAAUGUGUACCACAGACAAGGAUUUGUUCAAUUUCGAUAUGUCUUCGUUAAACUGGAGCGAUUAUUUCUUUAGCUACGUUAGAGGUAUUAGAGUUUAUUUGCUAAAAGACCCAAUAGAUACCGUCCCAGCUAGCAUCAAGAAGCAUUCGAAACUUAGAUAUUUACAUUACACAUUUUGCACCAUUUUGUUUCUCGGUGUUUUGAGGUUAUUAUGGAGUCUCUUAUAUUUCUCUUAUGCGUUAAUUUUUAGGAUGUUUUAGGAUUGUAACUAUAGAAUUUAAUCAAAAGUCAAAUGUUACAAUUAAAGUUAAUAAACAAAUAUUUAUAUCAGAAGUUAUAAGUACUAAAGGUUGUACAAUUGCUAUAUUAGUACUAUUUAUAGAAUGGAUUAUUUUGUGAGUAAUUAAACUGGAAAAAAAGAAGAUUUCCUUUCUUGUAUUUUAGAUGUGCAUCAAUUAUACUUCGUACUAAAAUAGUUUAAUUUCAAGUUACUAGGUUUUAUAUUUGGGUUUCAAUAAGUACAAUAUGUCUUUCAAAUUUAUCUCUCAAUUCUUUCUACGUCUCACUUUUUUUUAGUCAUUUGUUAUAUUUGUAAAAAGGACAUAAUUAUGCUCAUUGAUGUAUAAUUCGGUUUUGCAAUAUGUGUGAAAACUGUUUAAGGUUAUAUUAUUGAGAUUCCGCUUUUAAAUAAUAAUUUUGUGUCACAAUGUGUAAAUUAGUACUUACAGUGUAAUUAAGCAUAUUAUGUGAUGGUAUAAACAUUAGUUAGGUGUAAGAAAAAUAAUUUUAAGAAUUUCUCUCAUUUGGGUAUUCGUCUGCAACAUUUUGCAUGUUUGUCCUAUCAGAAGGCCACUAUUGGCCUUUGUUUUUGUCUACCAUAAAGUACAAAUUUUCUACUCAACAAAUUUUGAACAUAAGUCGUUAUACAUUUAUCAUAAUAAUUUGCAUAGUACAUACAACUUGGUAUAAAAGUAAUAUAUACUUGUUUUUUUUUUUUGUAAAAUCAUAAAAGAUUUUUUAAUAUUUUGGCAGACAUGUUUUAUUUACAGUGUCAUUGUAAUUAAUUUAUAGAGGUUUUAAUUAUUCGCUGUAUUAUAAAAAUAUAAAAUUAAAUUAUUAAAAUAUCGAUGAAAAUGCGGUAUAAAUGUAUGAUUUUGUGUGAAAUAUUAUUUAUCUACGGCAUUAUGUCUAUGGCAUCAACAUUUUAUUGUGAUAAAUAAAUUAUUGAAUUUUUGCUCAGUACUUAAAUAAUAAUUUAAGAAAUUUAUUUUGUUAUAACAUAAUAUAUUUAGUCUUAUAAAUUUUUAUUGAGAUUUAGGGCGACUUCCCAUUGCUCCGUCGUGCUCCGUUGUUGUUUUUGGCGUUUGACACUGACAUGCGUUGACGUACGUCGAAACUUCGUACAAUUUCCACGUUCUUCUGCGUUGAUCCGUCGACGGAUGUCAAAAUGACGGAUGACGAUGCAGCGCGUACAAGCAAUGGGAACACGGCCACAGAUUUUUUUAGUUGCCAUUUAAGUAAGAUAUUUAAAUAAAAAAAUAUAUUUA